AUGAGCGAUGGCGGGUGGAUCUCGCUCAGCCCCGCUGAGUUUGCCCAGCUCCAGCAGUACACAGACUACUCCACCAAGAAGCUCAAGGAUGUCCUGGAGGAGUUCCACGGGGACGGCGUCCUCUCGAGGUACAACCCCGAACAGCCCAUCGACUACGAGGGCUUUCGCCUCUUCAUGAAGACCUACCUGGAGGCGGACGUGCCUGAAGAGCUUUGCCAACACCUCUUCACCUCCUUCAAGCGGAAGAUACACCAAGCCUCCCCCGAGACCCAGCGCCAGAGCCCCGGUGUCUCGCAGCUCACCACCCUCGAGCCCAAGUCACUCGACGCCGGCAUCUCCAUCCAGACCCAGGUGGCCUGCGCCCCUGUCACAGGGAUCAAUGGGAAAACGCUCCUAAGUGCCCUGGGACGACACACGCCUGAGCCCAAGAGCUGCCACAGCAAUGCGGCUGAGCCGCAGCCGGCAUCCCUCACCCCAGCGUCGAUUGCCAACGCCUCCCCCAGCUGGUCCAGGUCGUCCUCCCAGAAGUCCACCACUGGCACUCCUUCUGCUCACAACUCCUCGGGCUCUUCGAAGAUCUCCUCCGGAUCCCUGCUCAGCCCUCAGUCGCCAGGCACGCGGAGCAUGGAGAAGAGGUUACCCUUCAGCCUGCGGAAGAGCCACAGCUCCCUGAAAGCCGCCCCCCCGCCGUCCCCUGCCCCCCUGGCCCAGGUGGUCCAUCUGAAGGACAUCGUCUGCUACCUGUCCCUGCUGGAGAGGGGAAGGGCAGAGGACAAGCUGGAGUUUAUGUUUCGCCUCUACGAUACUGAUGGAAAUGGCCUCCUGGACAGCUCGGAGCUGGAUCGUAUCAUCAACCAGAUGGUGCACGUGGCCGAGUACCUGGAGUGGGACUCCACCGAGCUGAAGCCUAUCUUGAAGGCGAUGAUGGAGGAGAUCGACUACAACCAUGAUGGGACUGUGACGCUGGAGGAGUGGAUCCGGGGUGGCAUGACCACCAUCCCCUUACUGGUCCUCCUGGGGAUGGAGACGAAUGUGAAGGAUGAUGGGCAGCACGCCUGGAGGCUGAAGCACUUCAAGAAACCUGCCUACUGCAACUUCUGCCGCACCAUGCUGCUGGGGGUCCGCAAGCAGGGCCUCUGCUGCUCCUUCUGCAAGUACACCGUCCACGAGAGGUGCGUGUCCAAAGACAUCGCCUCCUGCAUAAGCACCUACGUGAAAUCCAAGAGAAACACGAGCGUGAUGCAGCACACCUGGAUCGAGGGCAAUUCCCCCGUCAAGUGCGACAGAUGCCAUAAGAGCAUCAAGUGCUACCAGGGCAUCACCGGCCUGCACUGCGUCUGGUGCCAAGUCACUCUCCAUAACAAAUGUGCCUCCCACGUGAAGCCGGAGUGCGACGGGGGCCCGCUGCGGGACCACAUCUUGCUGCCCUCCUACAUCUGCCCUGUCGUCCUGGACAGGCAGUCCCACUGCCGGAGAUCGGAGAGCGACUCCCCUGCCAGCACCAGCCCCGAGGACAGCCAGGGCUUCAAGUUCAACUCCACCACGGUAGAAGGGCAAGGUCUGCAGAUCAGCCCCCGGCCUGGGACACACCCCCUCCUGGUGCUUGUGAACCCCAAGAGCGGAGGAAGGCAAGGGGAGCGGGUCCUCCGGAAAUUUCACUACCUGCUCAAUCCACGCCAAGUGUACAACCUGGACCGCGGCGGGCCCGCGCCAGGGUUGAGCUUUUUUCGGGACACUCCGGAUUUCCGCGUCCUGGCCUGCGGAGGGGACGGCACGGUGGGCUGGAUCCUGGACUGCAUAGACAAGGCGAACUUGGUGAAGCACCCGCCGGUGGCUGUCCUGCCCCUGGGAACGGGCAAUGACCUGGCCCGGUGCCUGCGCUGGGGAGGAGGCUAUGAAGGAGGCAACCUGAUGAAGGUCCUGAAGGACAUCGAGCACAGCACAGAGGUGAUGCUGGACCGCUGGCAGAUAGACGUCAUUCCCAGUGACAGAGAGGCCAAUGGAGACCCUGUCCCAUCCACCAUCAUCAACAACUACUUCUCCAUCGGGCGCGAUGCUGAUGCCGCUUCCGAGCGGGAUGCUGAUGCUGCUCUGUGCCCCAGGAUGAAGAACAAGCUGUGGUACUUUGAAUUCGGGACAUCAGAGACCUUUGCUGCCACCUGCAAGAAGCUCCACGACUACAUCGAGGUGGAGUGUGACGGAACCCUGCUCGACCUGAGCAACACGUCCCUGGAGGGUAUCGCCGUCCUCAACAUCCCCAGCAUGUACGGCGACCUCAGCCACCACCUCCUGGAGGUGGUGGGGCUGGAGGGUGCGAUGGAGAUGGGGCAGAUCUACACGGGGUUGAAGAGCGCUGGGAAGAGACUGGCCCAGUGUUCAUCCGUCACCAUCAGGACGUCCAAGCUGCUGCCCAUGCAGGUGGACGGGGAGCCCUGGAUGCAGCCGUCCUGCACUGUCAAAAUUACACAUAAAAGCCAAGUGCCAAUGCUGCUGGGCCCCCCCCAGAAGAGCAGCUUUUUCUUCCUGAAGAGGAGAAACCGAACUCGAGACUAA